AUGACUGAACACGAAGAAAAGAAUUCAUUUCUACUGGAGAAGAUCACUAUUGCUGAAAUGGUCAUUGCAGUUUGUCUAGCCCUCCUAACGACCACAGGCAACCUCAUGGUAGUUAUCACUGUGUACAAAGACCCUUACAAAGAGCUCCGAACCAGCUCAAACUUCCUAGUAGUAAACCUGGCUGCAGCGGACCUCAUUGUAGGUUUUAUAGUUGAACCUCUUUGGGCCCUUCAGUACUGGGUGGAGACAGACAAAAGCUAUUCUAUUGCGUCUUAUUUAUUAAUUGUUCUUUCAGUUGAUGCCUCGUGUUUGACAGUUAUGUUUUUGACAAUUGAGAGAUACAUCGUUUUGGAGAGGCCCCUAGGAAGAGAGACGAUUUUCACCACCCUAGCCAUAAAGAUCUUCAUUUUCUUGAUUUGGCUUACUGCAGUAGUCAUUAGCUUUCUAUUAAUACCAUUUUGGAAGAGGCGCUGGUACAAUUUGUUUCUUUUUACUGGUAUCGGUUGUUUUCUCGUAUUAUUCAUGUUUUGCUUGUAUUUCCGCAUGUUCCUAAUAAUUCGGAAAUUCAACAAUACCAUCCUCGCGCAAGGAACUCGACAAUGCCUUAUUCAACCGGACGAAGCGAGCGUCAUGGCUAGAAAGCGAGAACAGGAAGUCGCUAAAGCUAUCUUUCUGUUUGUUAGUACAUUUGCACUGUGCUGGCUUCCAUCUGUUGUAACUGAAACUAUACAGUACACCACAACUACCAAGAUCUCUGCACAUGUCCUUCGAGCGGUAUUAUUUAUUGGUCUUCUAAAUUCUGCGUUAAAUCCAAUAUUAUAUACAUUCAGAAUGCAUAGUUUUCGAAGGGCGUUAAGAAGGAUUUUA